GGUAUUAAGUGAGGUGGGAUAUCGAAAGACAUGAUUCAUGAACUCAGGCUCAGCUGCCUGGAAAUGUCCCAGCUUUGCUCUUCCCAAGAUACGCUUUUGCUACUAGACGGUCAUGGUUUAGGUAAAUAGCGAGAACACAAGACAUCGCAUGAAAACCGGGCGUGGCCAAAGAAUACCGAAACUGUACUAAUCUGCAUGGGAAGAUUUGGGUUGGAUGAGCUAGCAGUGAUCCAAACGGGAUCGAUGAUCUAGUGCGCUUUGGGUUUUGCUGGGAUCGCGCAUAUCGUGGCUGGCGUUAAAGUGGAAACAGCACCACAGUACCUGAAUCCCUGAUAAUGUCUGUAAACACUCGCGAAGCAGUCAGUGAUCCGGGUCCGCGUCUGCGCAAACGCAUCAACAUUUAUAUCCAGCGCAGCGACGGUCGUGUCCAUCAAGCCUCGGUCAGCGAUAUCGACUAUGAGAAGGAAUGCGUCAUCGUGGAAUGGAUCGAGAACGGCGAGACCAAAGGAAAGAGCGUGGAAUUCCCCGCCGUCUUCGAGCUGAACGCUAACCUGCUGCCCAGUCGGAAGAGUCAUUAUGUGGAUCGCGAGACGACCAACGGGAAUGAAGUUUCGCCUGACGGAGAUGACGAGGAAGACCUAGACGAUGAGAUCUCCGAUGAUGACGAUGUGCUGAUGGUCAAUGUGCCCGCAUCCAACGAUGUGCUGUACGAAGAGUCGGAAGAGCCUGUUACUGCUCCCGUGCAGCGUGAGGACCGGGAGAGCAGCAAAGGGAUGAUGAUGCAUUUGCCCGGGGCGCCCAGCACCGGGCUGCGUCGCCCCACCAGCGCCAAGAAUCCCCGUGUGACUAAUACGGCCGCGGCGCCGCGUCGACAGUUGAAUUCGGUCAGUGAGAACGGCGGCGAUGCACGGCAGACGGGGGCUCCGGUGACGGAGAUGAAAAGGUCAACACGUGCUGGUGUGGGGGCAGCCUCCAAGAGUUUGGCUGGAGGUAGCACAGCGCAGCAGUCGGCGCGCGAUCGCAAGACGGAAGUCAGUCCACGACCCAGUCUGCCAGGGAAUCAAGCUCGCAUGUCUAAUUGUGCAAGGCAAAUCAAGAAACUAGAGCAGAACCGUAACGAACGACGUUUGCGUCUUGAGGAGGCCAAGCAAGAAAAACAGAAGCAGAUGAAUGCGGAUCCGGGCAACCCUAACUGGCAGUUUCUGGCCAUGAUUCGUGACUUCCGCGCAACGCUGGAUAUCAAUCCGCUGGUGAUAAGUGACGUGGCCCACGAUAAACUAAUCAAUGUCUGCGUUCGUAAGCGCCCGUUGAGCAAGAAAGAGGAGCAGAGAAAGGAGGUGGAUGUUAUCACAGUGCCGUCUAAGGACACGAUGAUUAUGCAUGACUGCAAACAGAAAGUGGAUCUGACCAAAUAUCUCGACAACCAGUCUUUCCGAUUUGAUUACGCCUUCGAUGACGAUGCAACUAACGAGAUGGUCUAUAAGUUUACAGCUCAACCAUUGAUUCAGACCAUUUUCGAGGGAGGAAUGGCCACUUGUUUCGCCUACGGACAGACAGGAAGUGGAAAGACUCAUACAAUGGGAGGCAAUUUUUCCGGCAAAAAUCAGGACUGUUCAACUGGGAUCUAUGCAUUUGCAGCGCGCGAUAUUUUCAAGCAUUUGCAAAAGCCGAAAUAUAAGAAGGACAAUUUUUCCGUUCGGGCUAGCUUCUUUGAAAUAUACAGUGGGAAGGUGUUUGAUCUGCUGAACAAAAAGAAAAAGCUUCGCAUUUUGGAGGACAACCAGAAUCAAGUGCAGGUUUGCGAUCUACAGGAACGGGAAGUGAAAGCGGUGGAAGAUGUGCUGCAUCUGAUCCAACUGGGAAAUGGUGUACGCACCUCGGGCCAAACGGCAGCAAAUCAGCAUUCAUCCCGUUCGCAUGCGGUGUUUCAGAUUAUUUUACGCCAGAAAACAGGAGUUCUGCACGGGAAAUUCUCUUUUAUUGAUCUUGCCGGCAACGAGCGGGGUGUUGACACGAUGAGCACUGAUCGCCAGACACGAUUGGAGGGCGCGGAGAUUAAUAAGAGUCUGUUGGCCUUGAAGGAGUGCAUCCGUGCGUUGGCCCGCAAGGGCGCCCAUUUGCCUUUCCGUGGCAGCCAGUUAACCAAGGUGCUUCGUGAUUCGUUCAUUGGGCAGAACUCACGAACAUGCAUGAUUGCUAUGAUUUCGCCUGGAAUUUCUUGUUCAGAACAUACUUUGAAUACGCUGCGCUAUGCCUAUCGUGUCAAGGAAUUAGAUAGCGGCAAUGGAAAGGAGGAUUCUGGACGUCCGUUGACUGGAUCCGGCAGUGGAGAAGAACCCGGCUUGUUAGACACGAUGUCCUCUAUGGCCAGUGAUGUUGGUAGCCUGCACUAUGAAGAGCCCGAACUGGAAGAGAACAACGAACAACUACAGACCAUCAAUGCCUUGCGGGAAGCGGAAGAUGACGUGUUGGAAGGUCAGAAGAUUGUACUGGAUACGCUGGAUGAAUUUACGAAAAAAUUUAAGGAUUUCAAUAACAUCACGAGUGAAGUGGAUUACAAUGUUGAUGAAUAUGCUGAUCAUAUGGAGCAGACAUUGGCAGACUACGAUGAGAUUUUUGCCCCACUAAUGGCCGAAUUUCGUCGUAAGUUUAAGCGUCUUCGAGAAGAACUGGCCAAGGAAGAAGAAUUCAGCAAAUCAUUGACCCAUAAAUAAGCGAAUUUGUAAAUGCAUCGAAGAUGUGGAUUAAAUUCUUUUAUACUCGCGCGUCGCUUGUUGAGAGUUUCUGUGAUGUUUCCUUAAGAUUCCCUGCGUUUGACAAGUUUCCGUAAAUUUUUUGCAUUCCCUGCUUUUGGCAUCUGUUUGUCCUUAAUCCAGAAGUCUGAGCGAGCUAGUCGUUAUUUAUUUUCGGAAAUUUCUAUGUGAUGCCUGUUUAUUUCGUGUGGGUAUUGCGUACUUUUAUCUAUACAUUUUCUAAGUUUUCAUCUGGUGUCUGAUGGACCGUUUUUUUAGAUCUUGCAGGUUUGAGAACGGAUCUUGAGUAUUUGGUUUCUCACUUUUUGUGUAUGCCGUACUAUGUGCAUCAAGUGAUUAUGUUUCCAGUGCGUUCAAUUUGCUAUAAUAAUAUUAAGUACCUACUGGUUUGUGCCGAAUUGUCCGUUAAAUCUGGGAUAAUAAAGACUUUUUUCAUA